GGGAAUUGACAGGGGAGUCAUACUAUCAGAGAACAUUUUAUUGGUCGAAUAGACCAAGCUUACAUCUUACUGUCAUCAUCAAAUCACUCAAUUGAUCGCAACUGGGCAACCUUUUCAACCAUAGGACUUGUCAGAUCAUCUUUUCAGGAGCAAACAAGAGUCAUCCUAUUACUCCCCAUCCCUAAGCCGAACAAAUCCGAAAUCAGAAGAUUGCUUGAAUUAAAUUCGAAUCAGAAAAUCAAUCAUCAUACUUGCCCUUAUAUCAUCACAUCACUUCUAAUAGAAACCAUGGAUGACAGUCAAACCCAAUCAUUUGCAUCCAAUUCAGAUGGCGAGGAAGCAGGACCAUCUUCAGGUAAUAAAGGUGGAGGAGGUCAAAAGAUGAAUAAAUCCGUUGCUUCUCCUAGUAAUACGAGCAAAAGUGGCAUUAAAAGACAAAGGGUACACUUUUCAUGUACAGAAUGCAGUAGAAGAAAACAGAAAUGUAAUCGUGAAACACCUUGUCAACAUUGUAUCGCAAGAAAGAUACCGGAAAGAUGCAAAAUAUUCCAACCUGGAGAAGAUCCAAACGAUUUAACAACGAGAGUAUCUAGAUUGGAACAAAGCGUUAAUGAUAAUUUUGAACGGAUGUUCUCCAUGGUCAAUACUCUUGUUAACUCGAGUGGUAGGGUAGGAAUACCGAAAGGCAAGCAAGCACAGGCGCAUUCGAAUGGGAUAGCCAGUUGGCGUGAUCAAAUAAAUUCAAACGCUGCAAAGUAUGACAGUGCUGAGAAGGAAGCAGAAGGAAGCGAAGCUGGAGAUGAAGUCGUCAUUUUCCCAAAAUCAGAUGAAAUUGAAAGACCAAUACCCGCUGGAUCAUCAAUGGACGCUCGAUUCAAUUCACUAAUUUCCGAUUCAGUAGAUCGUCAAGGCGCUCUUUUUCGAGAUCCUUUAUUGGUCACAGAUCCUAUGGCACACAUAGAAGGAGCAGCUCAAUUGGAUGCCGUCAUGUUUGAACUAGGUGCUACAUUUAGCAUUUCACAAGUACUGACAUCUGCUAUGCCGCCACGUGAGCUUUUCGAUGAAUUGAUUGAUCACUUUUUCGUCCACAACAAUUGGUUACGACAACCGCUCAGUCGAAAGCGAAUGAUGAAAACAUACGAAAGAUUUUGGCAAAAUGGUGGAAUCUUACACGUGAACAACAUCAAUGCUUAUUCUACAUUUAUGUUGGCAGCCGCGAUCGGAGCUAUCACUUAUCGUGGAAGGCUAAAAGUCUCAGAUGAUCCUCGUAUAAUCCGAUUGACUACGAAAAGGAUGUUCUUUGCUGCUCGUCAAGGUCUUUUGAUCAGUACGAUGCUGGGUAGGGAAGACAUUCAACAAGUCGUUGCCUUCCAUUUGGCCGGUCGCUAUCUAUUCUUAGACAGAAGAGUAUCUGAAGCUUGGUCUUGUGUAGCGAAUGGCGUUAGAUCAGCUUUGAGUAUCGGUCUGCAUCGAGAUGGUUCCAUCCUAGGCUUACCAAGCGAAGAAAUUGCAGCACGCAGAAGGAUAUGGUCUAUCGUCUAUUUCGGAGAUCGAAUACUCUGUAUGAACUUAGGUCGUCCGACGGCAAUCGAUGAUAAUGUGGUCGAUACGGAAUUAGUGGAUGAUUCGGAUCCUACCGGUGAAUUUGACGAAUAUAUGAAGGUUUUACCUGGAGCAAAGAUACCUCCAGGAGAAAAGCCAAGGUUCCUCACGUUCACCCGCGUACGAUCACGACUUGCAGUCGUGAUGGGAAAGGUGGUCAGAAUAUAUCAAAAUGUCCAGACUCCAGCCCACUAUAGUGAUGUAGUGGCUAUUGAUCAUGAGCUCGAUGCACUUCACAAGACCUUUGCCGGCCAUCUUCGUUCCGAGUUUGAUGCCGCAGGAGAAGUUCGCAAUGUCAACACAGAUUGGGACAGUGUGUAUGAAUUCGUUCCCGUUCAUCGGUAUUUGCAACAGGCUGAAUUAUUGUUCAUUCGGAUGUCGCUUCAUCGAUCUUACCUCUUACGUCCAUCUUAUCGCGGGUCGGCUGGAAAGGGAGGAGCGCAUCAACAUCAUCACCAUCCUCAUCAUCGGUACAACUUUAGUCGUAGGUCAUGCAUUGAAGCUGCUUAUCAAACAUUAAAGUUAAGGGCCGAUUUAACAAGGACAAUUUAUAGCCGAUUGAGAGAGGGAGAAAAUCCACCUUCAUGGGUAGGUCAUUUGGGAACAUUCAACACAACAAGUGCAAUUGUCAUUUUGGGUAUUUACUUGCUGAUGGAACCUGACGCAGAGAAUGCAGAUAUGCUCUUAAGACCUCUUAGAGCAUUUUAUGAAUUACAACUCUUGAAACGCAAAAGGAUGGGAGGCACGUAUGACGAAACGAAAGAACGUGAAUUUACAAUCUUACGGUUAUUCGUUGAAAGAAUCGAUGAAGCUCGUGCAGCAAAAGCAAAUCGAAACAGAGGAUUGGGUGGAAAGCGUGGAAAUGAAGGAGACAGUGUUGAAGAUCAUAGACCGAAAAAGAAUAGUAGGCUUGGACCUCAAUCCUCUCUAUUGCCUUCCGAUGGAGAACAGGCUCACUUUGUAGAAAGUCCAACUCAACGUCAAAGCAAAGAAGAAGAUACUGCAACCGUUUUGUUGGAUCUAAAUCAAGGUGCUGAUGCAAGACGUAAUAAAGCACUGGAACAGCGCAAAGCUAAAGAUCAAGGAAAAGAUGAAGGAUUACCUUGGCCUUAUUUGCCAAUGAGAACGCCACAUCAUAAUAAUUCAAACGAAAGUCCUUAUGGAUUAGCAUCUUCAAAUAGCAGUGCAACAAAUAAUCACACCCCUCCGAUGACAACGAAUGGGAUGAACACCAGCUCUUCAGGUUCUACAGAUGAUGCGAAUGGCGCUUCGGUACUUCAAAUGUUUGAAUCAUGGUUCCGAUAUAAUGCGUUCGAGAAUAUCGACGUGGAUGCUUUGGGUACCGGUGCUCAAAGAUUGUCGAACGCAUCUAGUCUUCCUACUGCAGCAAACGAAAGCAAUCCUACUUCGAUAUCUCCAUUCGUUUUUGACACAAAUUCGGAUGGUCCAAAUACGGCCGCACAAGGAAGUUGGAACGGAGGCGCAUCCAAUACGGGACCUCUUCCACCACCACCUUUGAUGAAUUCAGCACAAUCUUCAAGCGUACCUUGGUCUACUGUACCUAUGCCAUCGUAUAGCAAUAAUUCAAACAACGAUCAAUCAAAUCAAGUACAACAACCUUCUGCUUCAUCUAAGUCAAAGCAAGAUCAGUCGAUCAUGGGAUCAACUAAUUUCACUAAUCCUGCAACAUCAACUUCGAUGAGCGGAACGGAUAUUUCGGCACAAUUGGCUGGAAUAGGUAUUCCUCCAGGGAUGAAGAAUUCCUUCUUUGACGGAUCAUCGCUCGUUGAUCCAAAUUCUGAUCCUGCACAGAACAGCAUCAACGCAGCUUCUUAUGACCCAGCAUUUUGGCAAAGUUUAAUGGAUAAAAUAUCUGGAUAAAGGAUAAAAGGAAAAAGGGCUCUCUGUAUUAUUACAAAAUCAUAUACACUAUUAUUACAAAUCGACCUGUAGAUCCAUCUUUUUGGAGAUUGCUUUCAUGUAGCCUAGACAUUGCGUUUCUAAUUUUUGUUUCUGUUGUUGAAGUUCGCUGUAGAAUGUAUCGAAUUCAGCGGUAAU